AGAUUAUUUUAGGAAGAAAACCAACUGAAAAAAAAAAUGACAUUCCUUUUCUUCACAUUUGUUGGUGCUGUUCACCUUUUAUCCCUGGGCUCUGGGAAAGCUAUAUACAAGAAUGGAAGCCCUCAAAGGAUUUUUGAAGAAAUGAAAGAAGAAAUAGCCAGCUAUGGAGAUAUUGCUAAAGCAAUCAUCAACCGUGCUGUUUAUGGUGAAUCCCAGAACAGAUCUUACGAGCGAUUGGCACUUCUGGUUGAUACUGUUGGGCCUAGACUGAGUGGCUCUGAGAACCUAGAAAAAGCCAUCAGAAUUAUGUACCAAAACCUGCAGGAAAAUGGGCUGGAUAAUGUCCACCUGGAACCAGUCAAAAUACCCCACUGGGAAAGGGGAGAAGAAUCUGCUGUGAUGCUGGAGCCAAGAAUUCACAAAAUGUCUAUUUUAGGUCUGGGCAGCAGCGUUGGGACCCCCCCAGAAGGCAUUACAGCAGAAGCUCUGGUGGUGACCUCUUUUGAUGAACUGCAGAGAAGGGCCCCAGAAGCAAGAGGGAAGAUUGUUGUUUAUAACCAACCUUAUGUCAACUACUCGAGGACGGUGCAAUACCGCAUCCUAGGGGCAUUCGAAGCCGCCAAGGCAGGCGCUUUGGCGUCCCUCAUUCGAUCAGUGGCUUCCUUCUCCAUCUACAGUCCUCACACAGGUAUUCAGGAAUACCAGGAAGGUGUGCCCAAGAUCCCAACAGCCUGUAUUACAGUGGAAGAUGCAGAAAUGAUGUCAAGAAUGGCUUCUCGUGGGAUCAAAAUUAUCAUUCAGCUGAAAAUGGGUGCAAAGACCUACCCAGAUGCUGAUUCCUUCAACACUGUAGCAGAGAUCACUGGGAGAAAGUAUCCAGAGCAGGUUGUACUAGUCAGUGGACAUCUGGACAGCUGGGAUGUUGGGCAGGGAGCCAUGGAUGAUGGCGGUGGAGCCUUUAUAUCAUGGGAAGCACUCUCGCUUAUUAAAGAUCUUGGUAAAUAUUUAGAAAAUUGUUAACCAAUGUGUGAGGAUCUCAGUGGUGACAUGUUUAACUCAGUACACAGAAUAAUUAACAGAUCAGUUACUGUGGUGUGUUCAAAGAUCCUCCUCAGAUCUAUACAUAGUUUUUUUCCAUCAGUUGAUUCCCAGCAAAGAACUAACGUAUUUCCUUAAGGAAAGAAAUUUUUAUUCAAGUAUACUCCAGACAUCCAAAGUAUCAAAUAUUAUUAUCAGCCACUGGGGAAAACGAACAAGCAAAUAAAACUGAAGCAAAUUUAACUAUAUCAGCUGGAGACUAUGUAAGGAAACCAUGAUCAAAUGCAAAGAAAAAUCAGCGGCACCGCCUACUUUCUUGUCCUUAUUUAUCUUAAGACAUUAUCGGGCUGUUAGGAUAAUGGAGAAAGGCUGGUUAUCCUUCCAUGACAGAAAUCAAAGAGAGUGACCCAGGACUGAAAGAAUGAUUUCUUAGCCACAGUAAGGAAUCUAGGCUGAAAAAAUGGGCCUUCAAGGUAAAUCUAGAUGUGGGGAAGUGGACAGGCAUAAAAAGGAAGGGCUAAUAGAGAAAGCAGUUUAUUUUAAUGAUCAUUUUUGCAAACUAAAAUAUAUUUAUUUCCUUUUUGUGUGUUGGUCAAAAGAGUAGAUUUUGAGUGUGGUUAGAAAUAGUGAAAUAGUCUGAAGUGAGAGUUCCAUGUGUGAAUCAGACAGUGGUGGUUUUAAAAUGCCUCAUCAGCAGAAUGUCUUAUGUCAUAACUGUGGAGUAACCUCAGUUUCAGAUGUAGUAAAGAUUAGAACAUUCCACUGCUUAUUUUUAAAAACAUAAAGUGUUUAAAUUCAUGCUUUUCUUCCUGCUUUUAGUGCACACUUCUAAUCCUGUAAAUCAGCCCAUUAAAUAAUUGUUCAACUUCUUAACAGUAAAUUACUGAAACUGUCUUGUUUGGGACAAAUCUUCACUGUACCAUUUUGAUUUAUAGCUUACUUGUGUUUUAAAAUAAAGACAUGGAAAGGUG